UUUGUUCCUUAUGCGUAGGUAUACGGUAUAAAUGUACCACAGUGUACACCGACUAGUCAUAGCUUUGCAAAGCUUUUCACUCUGUACUUUUGCAGGUCGCCAUAUGAAAAAUUAUCGACCAAUAAGCAAAAGACUGAGAAUAACGCAUACACACUGUUGAUUACUGAUCAAUAAUCCCUCAAAGAUAUAGAGAUAGAGACAAAAUAUAUAAAGGAAGAAGCUGAAGAACUCAUUUGUGAGCGAGAGAAAAUAAUGGGGUGAAAGGUGAAACUUUGCAGCUGGAGUGAUUUUCGUGAGAACGGCUGCUGAAUCGAGAUUGUGUUUUUUCUUUUCCUUUUUAAUCUGUUUUUUGUCCAGUAGUUAGAUACCUCAAACUGUUGUAGUUCAUUCAACUCGUCCACAGUCAUACAGUGAUCUUGGUCAUUGAAGCAUACAUUUUGUUGCUAAUACCAGCUUCUACUGAAGGACCAGUUACUCGUUAACUGGCAUAAGGGCCACGUGUUCUUACAAUAUCGAACGAGUUGAAUUUCUGUUAUUUUACUGGAGUUAUGACGACCCUUUCCCAAUCUGAGUCGAGGCGCAAGUACUCGUGGUGGUGGGACAGCCACAUCAGCCCUAAGAAUUCUAAAUGGCUUCAAGAAAAUCUAACUGAUAUGGACGCGAAAGUCAAGUCGAUGAUCAAGCUGAUCGAAGAAGAUGCUGACUCAUUCGCCAGGCGGGCCGAAAUGUACUACAAAAAACGGCCCGAACUCAUGAGGCUCGUCGAGGAAUUCUACCGGGCUUACCGGGCCCUCGCCGAGCGCUACAAUCACGCCACCUGUGAGCUCCACCACGCCCACCGGGCCCUCUCCCGGGCCAAAAUCCCCAUCUUCGAAAACGAAAACGAGCAAACAAACGAGAAUUUUCCCGAACCAUCGAACGAAAAUCAAGAUCUCGAGGUAAAUCUGAAAAUGGCACUUGCCGAAGCAAGUGCUGAGAAGGAAGACGCACUUUUGAAGUACCGUGAGUGUGUGAAGAAGCUUUCAUGCAUGGAGUUUGAACUCAACAGUGCAGAGACAAAUGCGAAGAGGCUUGACGAAAAAGCCAGUCGAGCGGAAAUCGAAGUUCAGACUUUAAAAGAGGCGCUUGUGCAGUUGGAGGUCGAGAAGAAUGCGGGGAUUAUUAAACACGAGCAGUGUCUGCACAAGAUAGCUGAUUUGGAAGAAGUGCUUGCUCGAGCUGAAGAGGAUAAUAAGAGGCAAUAUAUGAGAGCGGUAGAGGUGGAAAACGAAGCUCAGGCUCUGUCUGACGAGAUUUCGAGAUUGAGGGUCGAGAAAAAUGCCGUUUUUAAAAAGUACGAAGAGUGUCUUGAGAAAUUAUCUGCUCUCGAGAGUGUUGUUUCCGUUGCUGAGAAUGAAGGGAUAGUGCUGAGGGAAAAAGCGGAGAAAGCGGAAAAAGAGGUCUGUGAGCUUAAGGGGGCUAUUGCUGAUUUGCACAAAGAGAGAGAAGCUUCGGCUUUACAGUACAGGGGAUGUUUAGAGACGAUGUCGGAGCUCGAGAAAGAGUUGUUGAGUGUUAAAGAGGACGUUGAGCGCCUUAAUAAAGAUGUGUCGGUUAAAAAUAUGAAACUCGAGAAGGCUCGAGAGAAUCUUAAGUUCUUGGAGACGUCGAAUUUGUCCCUGAAAACUGAGGCCGAGAAUCUGACGAGAAAGAUAGUUAGCAAAGAUCGGGAGCUCUCGGAGAAGCAAGUGGAGUUGGAGAAUUUAAGGACGUGUUUGGGGGAUGAGAAUUUUCGGCGUGAGCAAAUCGAGGCCACUCUGCAAAGUCUGCAGAAUUUGCACUCUCAUUCUCAGGACAACCAAAGGGCACUGAAAGUGGAGCUCGAGAACGUGCUUCGAGUGCUUAAGGACUUGGAAGAAAAUAAAGGUUUUCUGGAAGAGGAGAUUCAACAUGUUCGUGAUGAAAACCAGAAUUUGACCCAAAAAAGCCUGUCUUCGGCUGUUUCUAUGGAGAAUAUGCAGAAUGAAAUUCUUGAGCUGAGGGAGAUCAAGGAGAGACUCGACAAAGAAGUCUUGGACCACAUCAAUUUGAGUGAUUCUCUUCAGAAGGAGAUUAUGAGCUUGAAAGAGGAAAUAAAAAGCUUGAACAAAAGUUACCAGGCAGUAGUUGAGCAAGUGGAGGCGGCUGGUUUGAGAGAAAACUGUUUGGGGGCUUCGCUUAAAAGCUUAAGAGACGAGAACUCAAAUCUUAGACAAAUGAGUGAAACGGGAGCCAAUGAGAAUUCGAUUCUCUUGAAAAAGCUGGAAAGCAUGCAAGAGCUUUUGAGUAAAAAGGCUACUUCUGAAAAUUAUGCGUCAGACAUGAAAGCUGAGCUGGAAAGCUCUCAAAAGGAGGCAAUAGCAUUGCAUGAAUCUUGUCGGUUGGUAGAGGGGGAAAAGGCCACACUUGCUGCCGAGAAAGCUUCUCUUUUAUCUCAACUGGAGACUAUAACCGAGACCAUGCACAAGCUCUUGGAAAAAAAUGCCGUUCUUGAGAAUUCUCUAUCGACUGCAAAAGUUGAACUGGAAGGUCUGAGAGAAAAAUCGAAGGGGCUUGAGGAAAUUUGUGAACUGCUGAAGAACGAGAGGUCUUUUCUUUUGAAUGAACGAAGUACGCUAGCUUCUAAGCUGGAGACUGUCGAGAGAAGGUUGAAAAGCAUGGAAAAAAGAUACAAUGGGCUUGAGAAAAAAUACGUCGACAUAAAGAAGGAAAAAUAUGCCGUGCACUGUCAAGUCGAGGAGCUUAAGGCUUCCUUGAGUGUUGAAAAGCAAGAACGGACGAGCUCCAAAGUACAAAGUGAGACCAAAUUGGCAGGGUUGAAAGACAAGAUACACUUCUUGGAAGAAGAAAACAAGAGGAAAAAGAAGGAACUCGAAGAUGAACUCAAAAAAUCUCUGAAAGCUCAGUUUGAAAUAUCCAUCUUGCAGAAAUUCACCAAGGAUAUGGAAGAAAAAAAUUCUUCACUCGUGGUUGAGUGCCAGAAACACGUUGAGGCAUCGAAAUUGGCCGAAAAAUUAAUCUCAGAGCUCGAAAGCGAGAAUCUCGAGCAGCAGGUUGAAUCCGAAAUCCUGUUGGACGAAAUUGAACAACUGAGAUUGAGUAUUUUCCAGAUUUUCAGAGCCCUCGAGACUUGCGAGGGAAAGUUUGAGAAUGAGCAGGCUUUCGUGCACCAUAUCUUGGGAAAUAUUGAGGAUUUGAAAUCUUCAGCUACAGGACAUGAGGAUGAUAAGGAGCUGCUAUUGGUCGAGAACUCGGUCCUUUUAACUUUACUUGAGCAAUUAGAGUCAAGGGGGGUGGAAAUCGAGUCGCAGAAGAUUUCAUUGGAAGAAGAGAUUAAGACGAUGGCUGGGAAUCUUGAAAUGGCGAAAAAUGAGAAAGAUGAAUUUUUAGAUAUGAACAGGAAACUAACAUUGAAUGCUCAUGAGAGUAAUCGGCAUGCAGCUGUACUUGAGGCUGAGAUGGAUAAUCUUCGUAAAAAGCAAGCUGGUUUGCAUAAAGAUUACGUGUUAUCGAAAGAAUCUUAUUCGCAAGUGAAUCUGGAAAACAAAAGUUUAUUGAAAAAGUUUUGUGAUCUCAAGGAAGAGAAAGUUUUGUUAGAUCAGCAUAAUGACACUGUUCUGAUUGAAUAUCUUGCCGCUGGGAAGGAGUCUGCCUUUUUAAGGAGUUUCGGUGAAGAAAAAGUUUACGAACUGAAUUUACUUCUCGAAGAUUUAAACAGACAGCAUAAGAUCAACAGAGGGCUUGAACGGGAAAUGAGCAUACUGACAGAGAAGGUCGAGUUUCUGGAGACAGAAAAUCUGCUCCUUAAAGAUUGUGUUCACAAUUUGGAAAGGGAAAUGUUAGGAAUGAGAGAAUAUAACGUACAGACCAAAAAGGAAGCCGUGAGCGUCAAAGAGAAUUUGCUUCAAACUAAAGCAAAGCUUUUGGAUUCUGAAGUUAAGCUCGAAGCCGCUGAAAAUUUGAACCUCAAGUUGUUUGCAACGGUAGACGAGCUCGAAAAUGAUAUUCUGUCAUCCAUGAGGAUAAAGGAGAAUUUGGAAAAUAAAAUGAUCGAGCUGUCUCAGAAUAAUUCCAUUCAGAAAUCGGAAAUCGAGAGCCUUCAUACAGUUCAAACAAACAUGGAGACUGAACUCGGCCAACUUCGUGAAGAAAUCAAACAAAAAAUAAUCAGAGAGCAAACUCUAAGUUCAGAGCUUCAAGAGAAGAACAAUGAGUUCACGUUAUGGGAGUCUGAGGCCUCUGGUUUUUAUUUCGAUCUUCAAAUCUCAUCAUCUGUUCAUAAAAUUUUGCUCACGAACAAGCUGGGAGAGCUUGCUGAGGUGUAUCAGAUUCUUGACAACGAAAACACUUCAAAAACGACCUUGAUUCAGGAAAUGAAAGGGAACAUUCGCUCAAUGGAGAACGAGAUCAUCGUGUUGAAAUCUCGGCUGCACGCAUAUGCUCCAGUCAUAGAUGCACUGAGAGAUGAUGUCACGUCACUCGAGAACAGUGCACGCCUAACAAAGGCUAAAUCAUCCCAUAAAUACAGUGCAGAUGAGCCAGAAAUUGAAUCCGACCCUCGUAAAUGCGCCUCUUCUGAAACUACACAUCCAGAAAACAACUCGUUAGCCAGCCUUCAAACCCUGCACGCGAAAAUCAAAACAAUCUCGAAACUAAUGGAGCAAACAAACAAGCCCACGCUUCACAGAAGGUCGAGUUCCCGAAAGCAUCGAGAAAAACUGACGUCAACAGACGAAACCGAGACUCCCCCAUCAAAAUCAGUCCGCUGUCUUGGUCGGGACCCACCCAAGACCAAUAAAGCCAAACCUCGAAAGUUGACUUCCGCCAUGAAAGACAUCCCUCUUGACCGGGCCUGGGAAAGCCCGGAGCUGACCAUAGGCGAGUCCCUCCGCCUCUCUUCCUGCAAAAUGACCGAAAAGGACAUCGUCUUCGACCAUAUCAAAAAAUUCAAUAAUAAUAAUAAUAAUAAUAAUAAUAAGUCCGAUUUUCCCUCAACCGACUCAGAUAUCGAGAAGGAGCUGAGGGUGGAGCUCCCGAGAAAAAGUUGCGAAAACGAGCGGAAGAUUCUGGAGAGGCUCUCGAUGGACGGGGCUCGACUGGAGAAUCUUCGGACGACUCUGGGUAUCCUAAGGGCAAAAUUGGAAGAAACGGGUAAAAAGGGAAGGAAAUCGAAGAACUUGGAUUUGGAGACUGUUUGGGAACAGGUGGCGGAGGCAGAGGAUACUGUGGAGUACUUGGCAGAGGUGAACGGACAGCUUUUGAGGAAUAUCGAGAGCUGUCCUUCGCCAGAUAGGAAAUUUUCGCCUAAGGCUCGGGAGGCGGUUAGGAUGAGGAGGAGGAAAGUGGGGGAACAGGCGAAAAGAGGGUCUGAGAGGAUUGGGAGGCUGCAGCUGGAGGUUCAGAAGAUUCAGUAUGUUGUGUUGAGGAUGGAUGAGGAGAAGAAGAGUGGUGUUGGUAAAGGGAAGGGAGUGUAUUUUUUCAGGAGCAAGAAUGUUGUGCUGAGGGAUUUUAUCGGGAAGAGGAAUGGUCUCCAAAUCCAGCAAGUUGUUCCACCCGAAGCCGCCACCGCCGGACGCAAACUCGUUUCUCGUCGACGGCGAGAAAUCGCGAACCCUAGUUGGAGGAUGGUAGGGGAGGCGGUGGCGGAGGAGAUGGAUGAGCUGGUGGGAGUGGUGGUGAACGCGAACAGGCUGAGGAGGAGCGUCUUGGCCGACGUCGUGAAUGCCAACACCGUGAACCAGGCGGCGUUCUUGGAGGCGAUGGCUGAGUUCUUGGUAGGUUUUCGUGAUGCAAAAUUGGUGAAGAGUUUGAGGAGUGCGAGAAGGCUGCCAAUUGAUGAAUUGGGGUAG